AUGACCAAACACAUCCCUGUGGUCUACGCUCCUGUUACCGAAACCUAUAAUUUUCGGAGGAUAAACAUCCUGGUUUCAGGCUCACAAAGCCAGCCGGAGCUCCCAGAGUCCCCGUCCCGGCUCCCGAUGGACGUCCUGCUGCUCCUCGUCCUCGUGGCGUGGACGUGGCGCUCCCCUUCUCUGGCUGCUCCUUUCACCUACCAGCUGGCCCGGCUCAGCGCCCAGCGGAGCAGCUGCAAGCCCAUCCCCAGCAGCAUGACCCUCUGCCACGGGGUCGGGUACAAUGAGAUGCGUCUGCCCAACCUGCUGGGCCACGAGAGCAUGAAGGAAGCUCUGCAGCAAGCUGCCUCCUGGGUGCCGCUGCUCACCAAGCAGUGCCACGGGGACACCAAGAAAUUCCUGUGCUCCCUCUUCGCCCCCGUGUGCAUCAGCGACCUGGAGGAUCCCGUCUACCCUUGCAGGUCCCUCUGUGAGGCGGUGAGAGAUGGCUGCACCCCUGUCAUGGCUGCCUUUGGCUUCCCCUGGCCCGAGAUGUUCAACUGCAGCAGGUUCCCUCGGGGGAACGAACUGUGCGUCCCGCUGGCCGGCCCGGACGACCGAGUCCAGCUCGCCAAGGAAGACGCAGUGUGCGCAGCCUGUAUCAGCCGAGGGCACAGCGAAAAGGAGUUCCUGGAAAACUUCUGCAGCCAAGAUUUUGCCUUGAAAAUGAGCAUCAAAGCGCUGUCCAGCGCGGACGGAGACUUGAAAGUGACCCCGGAGCUCAAGAGCCGGACCCUCUACAAGCAGGGAGGCUGGUCGGAAGAAGAGCUGAAGAAGCCAGUCCUCUGGCUGACACACGGUGAGACCUGCGCCUGCGAAGAACUCCGCGGGCAGCAGGGGACCGUGGUCCUGGCCAUGGGCCACAAGGCGGCCGGCCGCUUGGUCAUCUCCUGGGUGAGGAGGUGGCAACGAGGGGAGAGGGAGCUGAAGAAAUUCACCCGGGCGGUGCGGAAGAUCCAGUGCUAA